ACCAUCUAACUUACGUAGUAUGAUCUGAUUCUGGCCUCGGGCCUGCUCGCUGUCGCAGGCUGGACAAUGCGAUUCGAUAAGUUCCGGUCGAGACUAAUUAUACCUUCGUAUAUGCCAGACCCAACAUCCAGUCGUCAGGCUCUGCUGCCAGUCCCUUCCCCAGUGAUAGUCAUAAACGGCUUGGGCACCCGAUAUUACACGUUUACAUGCCCUUGAAAAGUUGAUAACUGAAAUCGUUCCUACGCACUCAUGUACUCCACAAGACGAUAGAGGCAACAUGGACCUUCGUUCCCUCCCGGCCGCCAUGCUCGUGGCCCGCGAGCACGAGACGCCAGACAACAAGGCGCCCCUGAUCCGGGCGCUGGCCGCCUUGCUCAUCGUCAUUGCGCUGCUGGCAGCCACGGUGCGCAUCGCGACGAGGACUAUCACUAUUGCAAGGCUCAAGGCCGACGAUUUUCUCGUCAUCACGGCAACGGCUUUCGCUGUCGUCCAGUCAGCUCUUGUGAUCGCUCAGGGCGCCAACGGCCUGGGCAAACGCGAUGGACUGACCUCGGAUCAAGUCUCGUACAUCCUCAAAAGCCACUAUGCCUCCGACGCACUCUACAUUGCGGCUCUUCUGUUUGCGAAAUUGUCCGCGACGAGAAGUAUCUGGGUCAUGGCGCCUAGAGAGCGCAGGAGAUGGAUCAUGAUCACCGAGAUUGCCAUCGGCCUCUGGGCGCUGUCUACGAUUGUGACGUCCUUCUUCCAAUGUGCCCUCCCUGAGCCGUGGGACUAUGUUGACGGUGGGAAGUGCUCCAACAGGACCGCUUUCUGGAUCUACGUCGACGGUCUCAACAUUCUGACCGAUCUCUCCCUCACAGCCAUCCUCACAGAGAUGUUCCUCAAGCUGAAGACGUCCAUCUCCAAGAAGAUCAUGGUGAUUGGCGUAUUUGGCUGCCGCAUCUUCGUCAUCCCUCCCAUCGUGUGCCACAUGUACUACUACAAGCAAGCGGUAGAAUCGAGCAACCCCGUGUUCGCCAUGUGGCCGCCCACCGUCAUCGUCCAAGUCAUACAGUGCAUGAUGCUCCUCGUCACCUGCAUCCCCUUCCUAAAGCCGUUCAUGGACAGCCUCGAGUCUGGACAGAUGGCAGCCGGCGAUCUGAGAGGGACACGGAGCAAGGGGACCAACAGUCGAUCGGGCAGCGGCUAUCCACGCUCAGGCCCCCUGAGUCGGUCACGCUACAAUAACACGGCUGCGAGUCAAGGGGCGACGCCUGCCAUGCCCUCGAAUGCGUCGCAGGCAUAUGAGAUGGUGGACUUGGACAAGCCGCAGGGUAAGAGCGGCGAUACACCACUGGUGACGACGGUGACGACGGCCGAGACGCACUCGCGCGAGACGAAUGGUUCGUGGGAUGGGCAGAGCCACACGAGCCAGACGGUGCUGGUCGAGACGACGUGGGCUGUCAACUAUGAGGGAGAGUCGCGCCACAGCACGGCGAACUGAAAUAUUGCCAAGGGCCGCACUCAUAGAUCUCUUUCUUCAAAGAAUGCGUACACAUGGCUUGGGCUACGAUGUCAGGCUUUCCCCACCCUUUAGAUGUGCUAGCUAGAACUACGAGCGGCGCUGUACUGCAUCCACUGCUCGCAACUCGACUGGAAGAUCAUGACUUUCUAAUUCACUCGAAAUCUGGCACUUUGCUGGCCAGCUUGAGGAAGUAUGCUUUCUCCGGGGCUUCCGCUUCCACGAACUGCAAAGAGCUGGGACUGGAGGAUGAUGUACAAGGGCCUCAAGGUAACGUAUCAAGAUGGCAACACAGCCGGACCAACUACUCAAACCUUGGCCUCUGUGAACAGGGACAUGGAUAGUACUAUCUUCCCAAUCACCUUCUCUCCGUUCCAGAUUUCUGUC